AUGUCUGAACGCAAGGUCCUCGGGAAAUACUACCCGCCAGACUUCGAUCCGAGCGCCCUCGUUCGGAAGAGAGGCCCGAAGCAGACCGGCCCCAAGAUCCAACCAGUGCGCCUCAUGGCGCCGUUUAGCAUGAAGUGCACGACGUGUGGAGAGUUCAUCUACAAGGGUCGCAAGUUCAACGCGAGGAAAGAAACACCCCCAGACUUUGUCUACCUGGGAGUCCAGAGGUUCCGCUUCUACAUCAAGUGCACGAGAUGUAGUGCAGAGCCGCGAGGGCAGAUCAUCUUCGCAACCGACCCGGCCAGCCAGGACUACGUCAUGGUCCGCGGCGCCACGCGCAACCAGGAGGUCUGGCGCGCCAAGACGGCCGGCGACGCGGCCGGCGAGACGGACGAGCAGCGCCUCGACCGCCUCGAGCGCGAGGAGGCCGAGGCCGCCGAGGAGCAGGAGCGCAACGCCAUGCAGGAGCUCGAGGCCGAGACGGUCGACGCCAAGCGCGAGAUGGCCGUCGCCGACGCCCUCGACGAGAUCCGCACCCGCAACGCCCGCAUCGAGCGCGCCGUCGGCGCGGACGGCCUCGACGCCCUCGUGGGCAGGGGGCCCGCCGACGACGCCGACGACGAGAGGGCGCGCCAGGAGCGCGAGGACGAGGAGGCCGCGCGCAAGGCGUUUGCCUUUGCGAGGGCGCAGCAGGCGCUCGAGGAGCCGAUGGAUGUGAAUGAGAAUGACGGCGGUGCAAAUGGUGCGGAGAGCAGUGGCAGCAGUAGUAGCUCGGCGCUGGCGCCCGCUCCGGCUGCGGUCAAGCCAGCGCCAGCAGCAGCCGUGCCGGCAAAGGAGCCUGCUGCGCCAAGCUUCAAGCGGCAGGUGAAGAAGAAGAAGGACCAUGGGGCGCUGCUGGGCAUCAAGAAGAAGCCUGCCCUGGUAUGA